AUGGAGCUUGGGCGGCCCCCGAUACGGACGGCGGCGAAGCUGCGCGACAGGAGGCCGAAGCCCAAGAACCGCAUAGUAAUUCCCCUGUCCUCGAAGCCGCGCGACUAUGUUCCCGGCAGCGGCCCGCCGCUGCAGCGCAUCAGCCUGCUCCCGCCCGCCGACUCGACUGCCUACAUCGUCGAGCGCAUCCUGCUGCCCUCUCCCGGGCUGGCGCCCAAUGGGAAGCCACUUCCGAAGCGGAUGACCUACAUUGUCGGUUGGCGGGAUCUGCCGGCCGCGACGCUGCUCGUGCCGGCCAUGAAGAUCCUCAACUACGUGUCGCCCCGUGCGCUCGAGGAAUGGGAGUGGGAUUUGGAGAUGCAGCUGGACGAGGACCGCAAGAAGCUGGUUGAGGAGAGAAAGAAGGAGCUGGAGCAGCCGGUCGAGGAGCGAAACAGGACGGGCAAGAAGAGAGGACGCCCGCCGGCGCAUACCGCCAUCGAGGCCGGCGCCGUGGCGGAGGAGCCCGAGACAGAUGCCCAGGCACGGCAUAAGGCCGGUGCCAUGAGCCUGUCCACGCCAAACAAGAAGAGACUGGAAGAGUUUGAGGGCCUGUCCGACGAUGAGAAUAUGAGUCCAUCGCGUCAACUGGCACGUGAGAGUGCAUGGGAAACGGGAGAUGACUCCGGGGAAGCAUACGAGGGCGUCAUGGAGCUGGACUACGACGCUGUUGAACGUGCGGGCUGGGAGCGGCCGAUGGAUGUCUUCAAUGAAGCUUCUGACAGCCGAGAUACAUUUGGCGAGUCAGCUCUGGGACCGCCAAAUCCCCUUUUUGGGACGAGCUCGGGGACGCAAUCGCCAUAUGAGACCCCGCCGUCUACCGCCUUAUCCCGGGAGCGGAAUCCUGGCAAUGGGGCUCUUCCCAACAGGGGUUUUGUCUCUUUCACCCCCACGAACGGGACAUUCACAUCACAAAGAGCCGACAGCGCCCCGCUCGUGAAACGAGAAAGAAGCUCGGCCACGAGGUCCAAGGCCGAGCCACGAAAAACAAACCCCUCGAAGAGGCCGAGGCCGAGGCCGAGUACGUCUUCGAGCAGCAAGUCCGCACGGGCGUCGGCCCCGGAGUCGAAGCCAGUGGUGGAUGAAAGCGGCGAGCCAGCAUGGGUCGUGCAAUGCAUCCAGGGCGUGGAGCUCUACGAGGUCGAGGGCCGCGGCCUGGUGCGCUACUUCAAGGUGUUAUGGGAGGGCGAGUGGCCGCCGGACCAGAACCCGACCUGGGAGCCCGAAGAGAACCUACCCGCCAACCUCGUCCGCAACUAUUGUAAGCAGGACAGGAAGCGGAGGCGGGCAACGGCACGAAUAAAACCAGCCAGCGCAAAGAAGCCGGUCCCUGUACCCAGGACGACCGCCACCAAGGCGCGGCCACCACUCCCAAAGCCGAAGUUGGUCGCGGAGAAGCAGUACAAGUCUGUGAGCGACGCGUUCACAGGAGGCGAGGAGGCGGAAGACCUGGGGCUGGUGGGCUCCUGGGAAGAGAGCACGCCGAGCGGCGGAGAGCCGUCUCAUCAGGGGGGUGAUGAUGACGCCGACGAGGAGCUGCUGGUGGUGGACGAGGCAGCCGAGGAGCCAAAGGCCACACCGUCUUGGAGAGGGGCCGCGGGUCCGUUUGGAGCAUUCUUAUUUUGA